CGCGGGAAGAAAGUCAUUGAGAGUCAAUCAUGUUGGACGUCAAGACUAUCGGCGCUAACCUGACGCCUGCGCAGCAGGACGAGGUCCUGAUGGAUCUAUCCUUCCUAUUGGACGAGUUCGGCUCCACACGUGCGGCGCGCACCAAGUUACAAGAGCAAGAAAACGACAUCAAACGUCUCCGGAAACUAGUUCUGAAUCAACAAGUCGACAAAAAUGAACAAGAAGAAUGCAGCAAUAAACAAGACAAUCCUCCACAUUACAGUGAUGUUGACAUCGAUGUCGUGGAAGAAACCAUGGUGAACCUGGAUUUCUUCCUAAGAACUUUCGGGUCUACACGUGCUGUGCGUGUAAAGCUAGCAAACCAAAAGCAGGAAAUCGAAACUCUGGAACGCACAGUGCAAUGCUUGCAGGAACGCGGACAGAGAAAGUGUCCGAAGAUUGAAGACAUGGUUGGACCUUUGACGAACACUUCAAGCGUUGUAAAUAAUGGCCGUGACCCUGGCAUCGAGAGCGGCCAAGGUUCUGACUGUGAAACCUUACCGAGAAAGACUCUCGACACAGUGACCCGAUCAUUGGCGAUUGAGAACGAUCAGCGCAAAGGUAACCUCAUUUCUUUCCAGUCUGGACCCAGCACGUCUAUUGUGAACAAGGAAUUUCUGAGCAGCGAGGUGGUGAUUACCUACUACGCGGCAUUAAAAACUGCAGGCGCAGUUUGCGGGUCCAGUACCAGCCAUUUCGAUGGGGACAGCACAGGCCGGCAACGAACAUCCUCAAAGUCCAAGUAUUGCCGGCAUGAAGGCUGUGAAAGGACUGUCCAACUGAAAGGCUUGUGCUACCGACACGGUGGUUAUAACUCGUGCAAGGUAGAUGGCUGCACUCGAAAAGCAAUCAAGCAGCAUCUGUGCCGCCAACAUGGCGGCGGUACGAAAUGCAAGAUUGGCGACUGCGCUAACUUCAGUUGCUCGGGUCUGAAGGGGUACUGUCGGCAACAUGGUCGGGAACAAGGCGUCCAAGUCAAGGCUAAAGGGAUCAUUUAGACGUUAGGAAGCUGACAACCACCGCACCUACGUUAUCACAGGCGACGGGCGUCGAAUAAAACGAAUAGAAUCCCCAGUCCAAGUAAUUCCGUGCUUGCGCCGGUAGACGAAGACGCAAAAAGCUACUACAAUUGUGCAUAAUCUGAAAUCUGCAUAUUUAACACUUGUAUUCAACUUUUCGAUAUCC